AUGUCCAAGCCGACGGCCACACCUUCACAACUGACGCCACAAUUUUGCUUCAACACGAGGGUGGUGCGAGAUUUCCUACGUCUUUCUCGAGCCAGCAUCGACGACACCAUUUCCACAAAUCUCAAUGCGCUGUUGACGCCCUCCACAACCUCUCCUUUCGACCCAGCCUCAACAUCCAUCCGCAACCCCUCCCUCCCAUCAUCACUAACCAAGGCGCCCAUCCCGCACGAGACAUCCAAAGCAUUCAUAUCAUCAGUGCUGUUCCCGUCAUGGCAAUCCCGCAGCUCAGUCAUCGCCUACUGUACAGCUGUCGCCACGAGUCCGGACCCUGAGGACCCGGAUCUGAUUGAGCGGGAAGUGCAGAACAAGAAGGACGCCGAUCGCGUGGUGGACGAACGCUUAGACCCCUACUCUGCACGGUUCUUUCCUCGAGAGGCCCGGACGGAGCAAUUGGCUGCGCUUCUGAGGAACGAGAACGCUGUGGAAUCGAUAAUACGCAGCCGGACGUGGGGCAUUGUCACCGAUAGAUGUGAGGGUGUUGGUGGGAAAUGGCAGGACGCCCUCGAUAAAUGGCGGGAAGGAGAGAAGUGA